CACAUCUGUGGAGUUGUCUGCUCUGUGUUUUAUUUUUGGGUUUAAGAUAUGCACAUGAAAUGAGUAAAGGGAGCUUGUGGGAAACUAUUAACUAAUGCCAUCGUUAUGAAUGCAGACCUAGAAACUCACGUUCGUCAAAACCAUGCUUGGUCUAAAUUGCCAGGAAAUGUGAAACAGAGUUUUGGGAAUUCACAGCGUGAAUAUGAGAAAGCAGUGGUGGCAUUCAGUGUGAAGAAUCAGUUGCGUCACAAGGGAAGCCUUGUGCGCACAAUUCGUAAAGAUGAGCGUCGGUACUAUGAAGAUCUAAUGCAGUAUAGUCGAGAACACCUGAUGCUGUAUCCAUACCAUCUGUCUGAUGUGAUUGUUAAGGGUUUGCGUAUCACGCCCUUUAUCUACUACAUCAACAUGAUGCAGGACAUUAUGACCCAGGAGAAGAGCUAUGAUUCACUUCCCAACUUCACUGCAGCAGACUGUCUUCGACUUUUGGGCAUUGGCAGAAACCAGUAUAUUGAUAUUAUGAAUCAGUGUCGUUCAUCCAAGAAAUUCUUCCGCAAAAGACCUGUGCGUGAGGUUCUACCCAGCCAGCCGGUAGAGAGUGCAUGCAUUGAGCCCUGGUGGAUCGUUAAUAUAGGUUACAUCACUGAAGAUGACAUUAAGAUGUGUAUGAGAGUGGAGAAAAAUGUUAUUGAUACAAUAAUAGACGGUGGUCCUCAAACUGCGGGUGACAUGGACAAGACUGUUUUAUAUAGUUUAUACAGAAAAGGGCUUAUUUAUCUUGACGUUCCAAUAGGUGAUGAAGAAUGCAUUAUUGUGCCUCCACUGGAAGGGUUUGUGAUGAACCGAGUUCUUGGAGAUUACUUUGAAACUCUUCUCUACAAGAUCUUUGUGUCGAUUGAUGAACACACCACAGUGAUUGAACUUUCCAAUGUGCUUCAGAUUGACCUGCAACUGGUUAAGAAUGCUGUGUCUUUGUACUGUCGUCUGGGAUUUGCCAAGAAGAAGGGGUCGGACUUGAAUACCUGUGAGGUUCAUCCAUCAUGGACAGACCAGCUACACCAAACACCACGAUCUCAGGAUGUCAGAAAGUCUAUUCACGAGUCUCCCCUGAUUGAUCUCAGCAGUGGUACGAAUGUCGACCUCUUGCCUAACGAGCAGCUGGACCUGGAUACUCUCAGUAUGAACAGCAUGACGACCAGCACCGACACUCCACUCGAAUCAAUAGACUCUGGCAGUCAAACACCCGGCAUGACAAAGAGAAUAGCUUUCUUGUUUGACUCAACGUUGACUGCAUUUCUGAUGAUGGGCAACUUGUCUCCUGGUCUAAAAAGUCAUGCAGUGACGAUGUUCGAAGUAGGAAAACUGAGUGAUGAAUCCAUGGACAGUUUCUUACAAGAACUUGAGAAGGUUGGUUCCGAUGCGGAGGGCGAAGCUCGUCGGUACUUCGACCACGCGUUGACUCUACGUGACACGAUCCGAUUCCUGCGUCACAACAAGAACCUGUUUGAUGAACUCGACAACACUGGACUCGGAAUCGAUCUCCUCCGCUGUGAAAGCCUUCUCAGUCUCGAACCGGCCACCAGGUCACGGGUGCUGAACAAAAAUUACAGUUUACUGGUGUCUAUGGCUCCCUUAAGUAAUGAGAUUAGACCAGUCAGCAGUUGUGUGCCUCAACACAUGGGACCUGCUGUUCCAGAGGUCAGCUCAGUUUGGUUUAAGCUGUAUAUCUACCACUUAACUGGGUGUGGACCACCGACUUUGCUGUUAGUGAAGGGCACACGACUCUGUCGACUUCCAAAAAUCUUUCAGCAAUAUGAUCGGUUACUGGUGACGACGUGGGGUCAUGACCCAGGAGUAAUAACCACAUCUAACAUUCUCAUGACACUCAAUGAUGCAUUGUCUCACUCAGCCAUUUGUGUUCAGGCUCAUGGGUACCACAGUGAUGGUUGUACCGUGCAUAUACCCUUUCCUUUCAAGAAAGAAGCAUCUGAGUCUUUCAAAAGUGGUCAUUACCCGAGUCAUGCUGCGAUCACGAAGCUGUGUGAGGAGAUUGACUUGGUCCACGCGUGCGGCUUCGUGACGCUGCUCAACCUGAACAAGCCGAGCAUGGACCAGGGCGACAGCGACGUCUUCCUCAUGGACAAGUCGUGCUCCUCCUCUGACAUCUCCUCCACCAGUGACCUCGGACACAGACCCACAAACGGGGUUACGGAUCUCAUGUCCGCACAGGUGCUUGCCUCGGAGAUAGAUUUGUUAGAAGACAGUGCAGCAGACUCACAGAAUAAAUUAACCAAAGAGAAAUUGACUCUCAAUUUGAACGGACCACAGACAUGUGAUAUGUUGACGGAAAGUGAGUGGAUGUUGUUGGACUGCCAUUUUGGGAUUCCUCUCUUCAAUACGGACCUCAACCGGGAGGUGUGUGAGAGGAUAUCUUCUUUGGGACUUUUUAAACACGAAAGUUUAAAGGGUCUGUUACAUUCUAGUAGAUUGCUCUCUUUGAAAUUCCUUGAUUUUAUCACAAACUGGCAGAACCCAAGUGUGAUGACAGAAAUAGAAAGUUCCGGUAUUCCACAAGACAAGGAAGAACAUUCAGCCAUAUACCCUACACAAAACCUGAUAUUCCAAGAUGGCGUUCUACAAAAGUGGGAAGGACACUAGACAGAGAAAUAAUGAUUUUUGUGAAAAUUAAUUUUUUGUUACAUUGACUGUGUUUUAUGGAACAUGGGGGCCAAUUUGUACAUGACGUACAUAAUGUAGUUAUGGGAAAUGAUUAUCACUGUAAUGAUUAUCACUGUAUACUGUGAGGGUUAGCUCAAUGGUUGAGCGUUGGUCUGGGGCUGAUUUCACAAAACAUUUGGCAUCAAUUCAAGAAACAAAUUACAUUAUUACAGAAAAUGGAGCAUUUUAAGAACAACAUAAAAUGUGUAAUUUACCUAUAUUUGUUGUACUAUAAUACUAAUAAUAAUUGUGGUUUAGUCGAAGAUUUACGUUUAUGUGAAAACUAGGCUUACAGUGUUUUGUGAAAUUGGGCCCUGAAGUGUGAGAGGUUUUAGGUCAGUAAUCCAUUGGGUUGUUAUCAUUCUGACCAGUGCUUCACAACUGGCAUAUGAAAGGCUGUGGUAUGUUUUGUGCUGUCUGUGGGAUUGUACAUAUAAAAUAUCUCUUGCACAAUUUGUAUGUAGGGUACUCAGGGUUUCUUCUUUAACACCAGGUCAUAUGAAAUACGAGUUGUAUGUUUGACAUGUGAUAGCUGCUAAUUUAACAAAACACUGUGGGGGGUUUUCCAUGUGUAAGACAAGAUGAUCUCAUAACACUGUCAAAAUAUUUGCUACACUAAACUUUUGAGAACAUUUAUUCCUGUUUAAUCCACUAUACUACAAACCCUGCAACUAAGAAAAUAUCCACGGCAAAAAAAGAUGCCAUUGAAAAAAACCCUGAAUAUAGUUCAAGGCAAAAAAAGUGCCAUGGAGAAAUAAAAAACUCCAUGGCUAUUUCCAUGACAAAAAAGUAUGUAUAUUUGUAAGUAUUUGAAAUACUCUACUUUUAUUGGCUACGGUUAAUCUUUGUGGUCAUCAAAGUUGUUCUUGAUAAUGAAUAUAACCUUUUUUAACUAUGCACCUAGAGUAAAAAAUAUGUAUAAAAAAAACAAAAACAAAAACAUGCUCUCUGUGACUUGUGGCUGUUUGGUUCAGUUUGGAUUAGGUAGAAGAACUGAAGGUGGCUGUUCCAAACAGGUCGCUAUGUUAUGCUAGAUUUCAACCUAAAUUGUGGUAAUUUUAUUUAUUCUUGUUUUUUUGUCAGUGUAAAGUUGUGAAUAUGUCUGAAUGUGGUAUCACCAGCUAAAGUAACUGUGUUUCCUUUCUGAGGAUUUUAGACCAUAUUAUAAUGUAACUUGAGCAUGAUAUUCAGUAUGUUAAUGUAACUUGAGCAUGAUAUUCUGUAUUAUAAUGUCACUUCAGCAUUAUAUUGAGGAUUCAGCCCAGAGUGUUUGGCACUGUAUGAGCUCAACUGGCUCUUUCAAGUCCUGGCCAGUACUGUUACUGUUGAUCAUUCUGCUGAUUACCACUUACAAUACCAUAGCAGUGUAAUGUUUCUUAUCUAGAGUGGCUGUUAACUGACCGCAUUGUGUGUGCCAGCUACAGCUUCAUUGAUCCGCUAUGGCACCAAACCAUACCUGUAGCACCUCUGAUGUACAUAACAAGAAUUACUUUGUUUAUAAAAAGAUUUAUUAAAAUAUUACUGAUUACAUUAUAGUCUGCUCAGCUUUGUAAUCGUGUGUCCAUCUCGGUUCUCUAUGGGUGAGGAUCCUCAUAGGGAGAACUUCGAUGGAGCGGCAACCUACUGUCUCCAGGUGUGUUAAGCAAAGGGCUGGCUCGAAGCUGCCUUGGUGUAUGUAGUGACGGCUUAUAUGCUGAAGUUUUUAUGGUCGGUGGUUCAUCCAUCUUCGUCCACAUGUCUAUCUGUUUUGUACAUGACGAUGCUUAUUAAGAUUUAUAUGGCAGUUUAUCUUAUCUUGUGUUGGUGACACUAUUAAUAUAUUAUAGUGUCAUAUUAAUUCUGGUUAUUGAAGGGUCAUAGUGUUACUGUAAUAAGGUCAUAGAUUUCUAGUAAAUACCUUACAUACCACAACAUCUAAGUGUUAAAUAAGACACUUUGCACAGUAGAACACUUGUUGUUCACUGACACAUGACAGAUGUGUUUGCAAGAAAGUAUAAUAUUUUGUAUUACCAUUGUUUAAACAGGAAUGUUUGUAACACGUUGAGAAUGAACUUGGCAUUAACAUAACCUGUAACAGUAUCUGUUAAAACUGAAAGGUAAUUGAAAUAGAACUUAAUUUAUUCUUUCUAUUCUUAUACUAGAGAUUUUAUGACUAUUCCAAAUGUUAAAUAAUUAUGGUUUUUAACUUGUUUUAUAGAUUUAUUAUUUAUUAUUUUUUAGUCUUUUAGGAUAAUAUAUAUUUUUCUUAUAAUAUUUGAUUCAGAGUUAGUAGUUAAGUGUGGAGUAAGGCACCCAUGCAUGUAAAAGCCAACUUUACCCCCCCCCCCCCUAAAAAAAAACAAUUAAAAAAAUUGUUUAUUGUAAUCAUAAGCAUUCAGAGCUUAUAUAUUUGAUAGGCUUUGCCAGUGGGGCGUGGGGAUCAGAUAUGAGUUUGCUUACCAACCACUGAAAUGACUACAUGCUACAGCAAACUUAAAAAAACAAAAUAACAUACAUGUAAUCCUCUAAAAACAUCAUAUUAUUUAUGUUUUUUACACACCAAUUGGUGAGAACAUUUUCAUUAUUGCCUGUAAAUCUAGAAAGUGUUGCGAGCUACAAAGUACUGUGAGUGACUGCCAAGCUCAGUACUUUCUCUACACAAUAGUAUAAUUAUAUUUGUUGAGUAAUCAAAGACAAAAAUGUUGUUGACUACUCGCAUUUUACUUUCAUAAUGCACUACAUACUAGUAGUAUAUUUACAGUAUGAUAUCAAAUGAUAAGGUGAGGACCUGACCACCACAGCCAUACCAUCUACUGAAAUAAGCAGCACCAAAAUUGAUUGCUCUGUGAUGUAUUUAUGUUAACAAGAAGCACAAGCUUUUAAUUUCUUUUCAGCCUCACUUUUGGAGGAUGUAUUAGAAACAGAAUACUACGCUAAGUGUCUGUUAGAUACCAUUUAUCUCACAACUUGCAGUUUUUAAACAUAUCCAACUCACUUUCACUUGUUAGACAAGUUUUGAAACAACUCUUAAGAUAAUGGUAUCUAACAACCACUCAUAUACAGCGCCGUAUCAAAAGUUUGCGCGAUAAUCCAAAAUGGCCAGUGUAAACACGGGUCAGUAUGUAAAUUUUAAAAACAAAAUUCAGCUAGUAGAAUUAAUAACCAUACCUCAAUAUUUGGUUAAGUUUGCCCUUGUUACGAAUGUAAGCCAUAAUGUGACGUGGAAGUGAAAAAUAUAAACUUUAAAUGUAUUCCACAUUCAAAUUUUCCCAUAUGUCUCCCAUAUGUCAAGAACUGCAGCGAACAACUCUUCAGACAUUUUUAUGGUUAGGGCCUUGUUUUGCAGUAUUUUUUUCAUUCUUAACCAAAUAUUUUCUAUUAUGUUCAAGUCUGGUGACUGAGCAGGCCAUGUCAUACCACGAAUAUUAUUUUCACGUUUAUAUGCCUCGAUUAAUCAAGCCCUAUGACAAGGUGCAUUGUCAUCCUGAAAACGAUAUGGUUUAUCGAUAAAAUGUCGUGCUAAAACAGGCCAGAGAUGAUUGUUGAGUAUUUCACGAUACUUUUCAGCAUGAAUGUUUCCAUUAACCAUACAUAAAGUUCCGACACCAUGCCAUGUAAUGCAGCCCCAGAUCAUAAUCGACACCCUUCGUUGACUUGGAACAGACAUGCAUUCGGGACAGUAUGCUUCAUGUGCAGCUCGCCAAACAAAAACACGGUGGUUUUUGCCAAUUACUAUCUGAGAUUCAUCACUAAAUAUCACUUGACUCCACUGGUUAUUAACAUCCCACCAUCUCCUGUCCAGUCGCUUUUUUUUGUUCACUUCACAGAUACUCAUUAUUUUUCGAAUAACUCGCUUAAAAAUUGUAAUUUUGUGUAAAAUUCUUUGAAUUGUCACAGGAUGAACUUUCACUCUCCUACCUUGAUUAAAAUCAGCAGUUAUAUCUCUAAGAACUUUCCCGCGAUUUUUUUUGACACUCCGAAGUAAACAUAAUUCUCCUCCAAUUGUGAUCUUUCGUGGUCGACCAGUUCUUUUGGCGUUCUCAACACAUCCGCUUAUACAAUAUUUUUUCCACACUGAUCGAAUGGUAGACUCUGGCACCAUCAAUAAUUUGACAAUUUCCGAGUUUCUGUGGCCAUACGAUUUUAAGUCAACAAUCAGUUGUUUUUUCUCGGUAGUGAGAUCUGUGGAUUUGCGACCCAUUUUGCAAAACACCGUCUGCUUCAAGAUCAAGGGAGCAGACGACUAAUUCAUGAUGUCACCAGUGUAGCUAUGUAAAAAAUAUAUAAAUAGGGAUUGUAUCAAAAGGUUUGGUUUUACGUAACUUGGGGAAAAACAUGCAUUUUGCAGAAGGUAGAAAAGCGCUUCCGUGUUACUGACGUCAUUUUCGUGAACACUUUUGAUACGGCGCUGUAGCAUUCUUUAUUCACGAGUUGUCGGUAACUGUUUCUUUUAACAUUUGAGAUAAUUUCUGGUGCUAUAUAACCAUGAGUAUUGUGUUUAUGUAAAUUCUACUCUCUAAUAGGCACUUAAAACAAAUGUUCUUUUGUGUUAAUAAUGCACGUUUUAAUUAUAUAACUAUACCUGUAAAUAAAAUGCAGUUGACUGGCUAGUCAGUAAGAAAUAUAUUUUUCAGUGUAACUUGUAUGAUUCUUUUUGUAUAGUAAAGUAGUGUUAGUGCAACAUUUAAUGAUUUUCUUUUUUUUAAAGUUAAUUUAUUUCAUUGAAUAUAAUUGUCAUAAAUUGUUUUAAAAAUGUAUCCAGUACGCCACAAUUGCCAGAGGUUGUGUCCAGGAUGGAAGUACCUGAACCUUAUGUAGAUAGGAGCACAGAGAGAUCCUGCUCCUCAUCUGCCAGGACUAAAAAGGGGCGGUAUGCUUUCUGCCAGAAAAUAGUUUGGGUGUACGUAAUACAAAUAAAACUGACCAUAAAUGCCCCUAUUAGGUGGUGGUUAAGGAUUUGGAGUGUCUUGAAAUUGGACUCUGCAUUCCAAGCAAUCUGGUGCCAUAUAACUGUAAAUAAAAUGUGUUGAGUGCAUCGCUAAAUAAAACAUUUCCUUCUUCCAAGCAAUUUGACAAAUUUUAAACAGCAUUUGUCUUACUAUAAUGUGUCAAAAAUUUCUAAAACUAUAUUGAUUAAAUUCCAAGAUUUUAGGGUACAUAAUAUUAAUUUGCCUUUGUGGCAGAAACCCUGAGGGUGGAAUCUAGCUCAGUCGGUAGAGCACUCAAUAAGGUCGAAGGACCAAAUGCUAUCACAGAGCUCAAAUUUAAUGACGACACUCCGGUCUGUGGGAAAGUGUAUAUGAAAGAUCCUUCGCUGCAUACGGGAAAAAGUAGCGGCUUUCCUCUGAUGACUACAUGUCAAACUAUCAAAUGUUUGACAUCCAAUAGCCGAUGAUUAAUUAAUCAAUGUGCUCCAGUGGUGUCAUUAAACAAAACAAUAUUUUUUUUAUUGAGGACACUGACAGCAAUUACCAUUGUUGAGAUAUAAAUUACCAUAGGUUGAGUGUGUCACCAACAGCAUUUUGGAGCUGUAGGAUAAAAAUUAUUGCCAUCAGUUAAGUUCAAUGACACCAAAAUGUAAACACGGUUUUGUACAUUUGAAAUAAGACUAUACAGCAAAAUAACCUUUUGGUUUUGUUUAUUUUCUGCAAAAAAAUUAUUUAAAAAAAAUAUUGCCAAAGACAAGCUCAAAAUUGUGGUCGCUGGACCGUUUCCCACAAGGCAAUUUAACAUAAACUUGCUGUGGAUGACAAAUUCUUAAGUUAAGAGUUCUGCAAUUAAGGAAGCUAUUUUCUGAUUGAGUUUUCUCCAAUCGCAUCUAGUGACCUAUAACUGGCAUAUCAAAGAUCAUGGUAUGUGCUGUGCUGUCUGUGGGAAAGUGCAUAUAAAAGAUUUCUAGCUACUAGCAAUUAAUAAAUCAGUGUGCUCUAGUAAUAUUGUUAAACAAAUCAACCUUUUAAUUGAUUAAAAAUACUAGAUGACAGUAAAACAAAUUUACAGAGCAAAUGCUUUUCUAUUGCACUUUAUUUUCUAUACAGACAUGCAAAAGAAAUGUAGUCCCAUUUUCAGACAAUACUGUCUAGAAUAUGUCAGACAAUACUGUCUAGAAUAUGUCAGACAAUACUGUCUAGAAUAUGUCCGACAAUACUGUCUAGAAUAUGUCGGACCCGUGGAACCCACAUUAACUUGCAUUGUGACCUUUAUUAGUUUCAUGCAUUUACAAGUCAUUUCCAAAGUGCUUUUUUUGUGUACAGAUGUUCUUCUUUAUGUACAGAUGUUCUUUACAACAGGUGGGGCUGUAGUGUAAAAUUAUUUGUCCAGUAAUAUCCGAUUUCUAUGAAAUCAUAUUUAAGAGAGAAGAAAUCAUGCUUUGUAUAAAAUUUUAUUCAGAUAAAUACAUAAAGAAGUUGUAUGAAAAUGGUGUUAUCAUAAUUUUUGUAGAAGAUUGAUUUGAAAAUAUUAAUAUAUGAUUGCUUGUGUGAUUUAUUCUGUUUUAACUUAUUUAAGCAAAUUUAAAAAAUGAUAUGCAAGAUAUCACAGAAUCAAGAAUAGUUAUUAUUUCCUUUCAAGUUUUAAUGUACGAUUCUAGGGAGAUAACAUGAUGUAUAAAAUUUUAAAAUGUAAUACAGUAACCAAUAAUUAUUGCCACUUCAUAACUGUACAGUGCACCACAACUAUUUAUAUUUUUAAUUUGAAUUAAUUUUCUUAAUAUUGGAGACAAAUUGAAAGAUGAGAUGGUUUUUUAAUAUUUUUGUAAUUGGCUGCACCCAAAUAAUUUUUAAUCACCUAGUAAUACUUUUAUUUUAUUUGCUUUUCAUCUUGCCUCUAAAUUAAUGUUAUUGGUUCAACAUAUUUUAUCAAGUAAUACUACAGAAAUUAGAUUGUUGAUCGGUUAGUUCAUGUAUAUAAUAGUGUAGUGACAUGCCUUUGUAUUCAACUGAUCACUGUCGUUGUAAUAUAUGACAUUUGGGUCACAGACAGAAUUAAAAUAUCAUGGAAAGAUGUCUGUAGACUGGUAUGUUAUAAUGUUAAAACUAGAUAUUGGACUCCAAUGGAUGCCUUGUAUUAAAAAUUAAAAUUCUGGGCUUACUAAUACAUGACUGUGCAGUUGAAUGUUACAAAGCAACUUGUAGUUGUACAAUAAUUAUCUUUAUUAAAAAAAAGCUAAUCACAUUCUGUGCUGUACAAAUCAGCUACUUAGUCUCAGUCUCAUUUUUUAGUCAGUGAAUUAAUAUAAACAGACUUAUAUUUGCCUAAUAAUAUUGCAUACGUGUACUUAUUCAUAAAGUGGUAUCAUCACGUGAAUACUUGUGGCUUAAAUAGACAAUAACUUACGAGUUACAAGGAAUUACGGAUUAUCGGUCCCGAGUGAAAUUAAUGUUGUCAGUUACGAGCUUUAGCGAGUGACUGACAACAUUAUUUCAUGAGGGACAGAUAAUCUGUAAUUCAGAGUAUCGAGUGGGUUAUUGUAUUUAUUAUUAUCUUGCAAUCAAAGUCCUUAAUCAGGCACAAAUUGAUUUUACUAAAACAAGUUAAAAGUGAGUAAUAGUUUUUGUCACUAGACAGCAUAAAUACGUCUUGACACUUUAUAAAGAUGGACUUCUAAAUAAAGGCAAUGUUUACAAAAUCCUUGUGGAAGUCCUUUCUAAUAAUAAAGACAAAUAUUGAGGCAAAUAUAACCCUGUUUUAUCUGCUAUUCUGUCAAGUGUUUUUUGUUUUUUUUAUUUAUCACUGAACAUGGGGUGUGCUGUCCUGUAUUGGAAAUUCCAGUCUGUUCUGGACACAAUUCAUGUAGGAGAUGUAUAAUUAAUUUAUGACAGAUUGGUGCUUCACUGAUCAUGUAUGUUUUUGUGACCUUUGUGAAAAAUCUGUUGAAUAUAAUGUAUUAAUUAAAUUUAAAAUAUGUAUAAAGA